AUGGCACCUGCGAUAGUCCACCUGCCCAACGGCACCAAUCUGACCGUGACACCGGUCUUCGGCGGGCUUUUCUUCAAGUCGAAUGAAUUGAGCAAGCACCCGUCCGCUUUCCCGCCAGGUUGGACGGUGGUGCUGCACUGCGAGGACGAGGAAGAGGACCAUGUCGAAUACAAGUCCUACGCCGAGUACAACAACGCUGCGACCUCGAGGGGAAUGAGAAUACGCCAUAUCCACCGCUUCAAGAGGCCCACCCUUCGCAAUGACCACCUCUUCAUCUCCUCCAUUUCCAACCCAAGCAGCAACGACUUCAAGCCCGCUAGCUCGCCCACCCGACAGAUCGCCAUGAUGCUUUGGGCGACGCUGUGGUGGUACUUCCACCAGCCGGAGCCAAAUGUCCGCCUCAACACUAAUGCGUCCGAGAAGACGCCCGACGCAGGCAAGCCGAAGGGUGACUGGCGCAUCAACAUCAAUCGGGAGGGCAUAUUCAAGGGCAAAGUCGUACUGCCAAAGCUUGAGCGCAUGGGUCUCAUAGCUAGCGAAGACUCCUGUGUCGGCGCAGACCAAGAUGAGCGGUCCGGAGAAGGCUGGCUGGACAUGUUCGUCUCUCGACGCUCGUUCUGGCAGCUUGAUGCCAGGAUCUACCUCUUCACGCUCUCGCCUAUGGCUAGCUCACCUUACCCGUCGGGCUCGCCUUAUCAGUCGCGUCCGAGUUCCCCAAGCGGAGAAGGGAAUGGGCGCUCGAACGACAGCAACACAUCGAUGCCGCAAGGUCUCUGGUCACCUUCUGCGCCCGGCCCUUUCCAUUCUUCCAGCCACCUGCCCACAUACUACCCUCCACCACCAGCGCAGUACAUAUUCACGAACGACAUCAGACACCCGCUUCGUCAAAAGCCACCAAGGCAAGGAGAAACAUUCUACACGCGCUACGUGCCCUCCUGCGAACAGUACAUCUCCUUCCGUGUCGCAUGCCUGUCUAACGAUCCGCCAAAACACCACGGACCAGUCUCGAGCUUACCUUCUGUACCAACACUCAAGGGCGCAACACUCGCGAUGUCGAGCAGCUUUUCCGACUCUGCGAUCCCGACAGUCGCGGGUCUGAAUCUCCAAAUAUGUGACCCAGACCUCCUGCACAAGUGGAUGAACGACCCGCGGAUAUCGUACUACUGGGGCGAGGACGGACCGAGAUCGCACCAAGAAGAGUUUCUCCGCAGAGGGUUGCGUAGUAAGCACUCUUUCCCGGUCAUAGGCUGUUGGGACGGGAAGCCCUUUGGCUACUUCGAGAUAUACUGGGUCAAAGAGGACGCUUUGGGAAAGCAUCUAGGAGGCGAUGUGGGAGAUUUCGACCGUGGGAUACACUGUCUUGUUGGCGAGCAAGAAUACAGGGGUGCGCAUCGGGUAAGAGUGUGGUUGAGUGCACUCGUACACUACUGUUGGAUGGCGGAUAACAGGACGGAAACGGUCAUACUGGAACCAAGAGUUGACAACGAUAAACUGAAAACUUACCUGGAGGAAGUCGGUUUUUACAAAGAGAGGGAGAUAAGCUUUCCGCACAAGCAGAGCAACCUCAUGAAGAUCAAACGCGAUGCUUGGGAGGCGCCUUGUUUAUGA